UAGUGGGACGAGCGAGAGUAAAUGAAGAAUAAAUGAGAUCUUCCGUAAGUUACAUGUUAUCGCAAGGACCUGGAGAUCCGAUUAUGGCGCACCUGGAUUACGAGCAGCACCACUAUCACCAUGGGUGUUUGUUAAUUUUGGUGCGAGGUAUCGGUCCAUCGAAGCCACGGUCUUUGCAGCGCGUUUUUGAACGUAUUCAGCGUGUCAACAAUGUGAAAAUUCCUGCCGAUUCGUCGGGGGCCACGCGUGACAUCUGGGUGCGCUACAUUCGCGAUCACCCGGUGGAAAACAAUGACUGGGGAGACUUUCAGACCCAUCGUCGUUUGCUUGGAUUGAUCACGGUGGGAAAGUUCGAUACGCAGAGCGAGCUGAACGAGCUUUGUCGGGUGCACGAAUCGCUCAAGGUGAAGUACACGCACACACUGUUCGAUUCGCGCUGCCUGCUGUUCGGUCCAAGUACGGACGAGCUACAGAAGCUUCCUGGCUCGUCCUCCGCAUCCGAGGAGGCUAAGGGCGUUGGCGUGGCGAUCGAGAAAUGCUUCCAAACGCCCAGCAAUUUCAAAAGCCGGGCCUUUUUCUAUCCCGAGAACGAUUCGUGCAGCAAUUUGGAAACCAAGAUUUCAGAAUUCAUUACCUCCAUCUACUACAUACUGGAGCUGAAGCGGAUGGAAAAGACGCGCGAGAAGCUCGAGAAGGCUCCGCUGUUGUUGGCUCCGUUUGAGAAGAAAGAUUUCGUUGGGCUGGACCUGGAGAGUAGAAAUAACAAGAAACGAUGCAUCGGGCGUAUGACGAAACAUCUCGGCGAUCUGACGUUGCAGGCAGGCCUGGUUGCCGAGUCGUUGAACUUCUUUCACACCGCCAGUGAAACGCUACGUGCCAUAAGCGACUCGCUCUGGUUGGGUGCCGCCAACGAAGGGCUGUGCGCGGCCUCCGCUAUACUCCUGUACCCCAACUUUCGCUACACGAUGUCCAUCCAGCGGAACUCUAGUCUGCAGGAGAACUCUUCUUCUCCCCAGAGGUUCAACCUGGCCCGGAACCAGCUGUACACGGGGAGCUACAAUGGCGACAGCUCGACAUUAAAGCACAAAAAAUCGGACAUGGUCAUUAACCUUAACUCGACCGAUACGGCUUCGAUUCUCACCACGGACAAGACGUCCGCCUCGUCCAACUCUUCGGCAUCGUCGAUCAGUUCCAGUCUAUCCUCGGCAUCCGGUGGUAGCGGGGCUAGCGGAAAUUCCUCCUCGGACUCGGGGACCCCGAUGAACAAGGGUAAUGGUGCGGUGACACCAAAGUACCCGGCCAACAUUUUGCAACCGGAUGAAAUCACCGUACGCUACCGAGACGCCAUCAUAAACUACAGCAAGUAUCGGAACGCGGGCAUCAUAGAGACGGAAGCGGCUCUAAAGGCGGCCAGGAUUUGCAUCGAACAAGGCAAGAACCUCGACGUGGCCAUGUUCCUGCAGAAUGUGCUGUACAUCAAUCUGAACAUGACCGAGCAGCAGCGGGUCCGACGGUUCGAGGUGUUGACCGACCUUUACCAAAAGAUCGGCUACAACCGAAAGGCGGCCUUCUGCCAGCGGCUAGCGGCCUGGCGGCACGUAGCCCAAAGUAACAGCAACCCCGACUGGGGCCAGAGCUAUCGGCUGAUGCUGGAAAGUUUCUCCGGCCACAAGCUUUCCCUCGAGCCGAACGAGGUGCUGGAGAACAAUAUGGGCUGGCCAGUGCUGCAGAUUGACCUGCUGCAGCAGCUCGUUGGAACGGCACGUCGUCUCGGGCAGUCGGCGCUAGCGACGCGACACAUGACAUUCCUCCUGCAGACCAUGUGGAAGCACCUGACGCCGCAGGAGCAGAAAGAUAUGGCUCUGCAGCUGCAAAAUCUUAGCUCGCAGUGUGAGGGUGCACCGGUACCGUUGGUGUUGGAGAACGGAAUCGUGAUUCCCCCGGCCAAUCUGACCGAUUUGCCCCGUUGCACGCAGUUGCUUGUGAAAGACCUUGCCCCACACCAGAAACCGGUCAAGAUCAUCGUGCAUAAGGUGGACAGCGGGCCGUUUCUGUUUACUCCGAUCCAUUUCAGUUCGCUCGAUCGGAGAGGCCAGGAGAAGGACGAUCGUGUUAUCGCCUUCAAUUGGGUCCAGCAUGACGUGUGCGAGGUGAACUUGACGCUCGUAAAUCCGCUCCCGUUCGAGCUGCAGGUGACGGACAUGCGUCUCCUCACAACUGGGGUUGUUUUCGAGGCGUUUCCUCAAACCGUCACCCUGCCCCCGAACGCUCCGACAAACGUGUCCCUUCACGGAACAUCGAUUGAGUGCGGGGAGCUCGAAGUACAGGGCUACAGUACGCACACGCUGGGAGUUAAAUCCAACUGCCGCCUGAAGCAUAUGCAACAUCGAAAGGACCGUCACUUGCCGCCGUGCUAUCGGGUAAAGAUAAUCCCGGCACUGCCGAAGCUGGAAACGAAAACAAGCCUUCCGCAGACGGCAACGUUCAGUGGCAUGCCGAAUGCGGACUUUGUCACUACGUCGGCGAGUAUUACGCUCUACAAUGGCGAACGCGGCGAAUGUACGAUCACGCUGACCAACACGAGCAACAUUGCGAUCGAGUUCGUAGAUGCGACUUUCCAUUCCUCGCUGGAAGCGUCCCUUCAGGGGAGGAUUUUCCAGCUGGAUGUGGACGAGCUGAACCGCAAGCUACCGAUUCAACCAAACGAAUCGAUCGACUUUAAGCUUGUGAUCAAUGGAGAGGCAGAUUUUCUCGGAGCCCUCACGGCCGGCCCAGGCCAGAUCGGCGGUUAUGCGCACUCGAGCGGGAAUCCAGAUGGGAUGAACAGCGCUGGACCGCAAAGUUUAACCGUUUCGCACGGCGGUGGACAUGGUGGUCCCCAAAUGGGGAUGCUUUCGGGUGGCAGCGGCAAUCCAAGCAUACCGAGUCGGAUUAGCUCUCCAACAAUCCCACAUCGGCGCAAUGAACUGCUCACGUCCAGUUUCCGAUCGUCUCACUCGGGCCACUCGUCGCUGGCCACACUGAGCGUCGGUAUAUCGACCGGACACGUGCCCCGACAGCUGGACGCUCAGCUACGCUUCAAAUACUCCGGCGGCGAAGGCUUGCAGGAAGGUUACUGUCGACAGUGUGCAAUCUCAUUCAACGUCGAGCUGCUCCCGAGUGCCCAAAUCACCAACUGGGAUGUACUAUCGGCGGAAAUCCCAUCACAAUUCUAUCUCGUGCUCGAUGUGGUUAAUCUAACAGCUCAGGAAAUGUCCCUCAACUAUACCUCCAACAAAACAAUACUCAUCGAGGCUAAGGAGAGCUGCCGGGUGCCGGUGCCGGUGCAGCGAUGCCCGCUGGAGCGCAUCUUUGCUGCGGUCGCCGAACCAUCAGCAGACGCACUCGAUCGGAAGUACCGAACCAGCACCAGCGAUAGUGCCGAUCUGACGGAGCGCGUCUGCUCGGAACACAUCUCGGAGAACGUGAAUCUAAAAUGGUCCCUGCCCGGGAUCGAUUGUCAUGGGACCGCUUCACUACGCGGAAUCACACUCUCGCCAGCGAUGCUCGAUCUAGUGACCGUUCCUCCGCUUGAAUGGGAGGUGAAAGUAGACGAGCAGGUUGUCGCGCCCCAGUCGGAGGUGACAUGCGUUACCGGACAGUUUCUUAGCUUCAGUAUUAGCAUCUGCAACCUGUCGGCAUCGGUACUGCAUCAGGUGCAGCUGUCGGUGCAGUUCUACCAGGAUUACCAGAACGGCGUACAGAACUAUCGCCUCGAAACGCGCCUUACAAUGUCCGGACCAAACCACGUACUAAUUCCCUCGCUGAACAAAGACGAAAAAGCGUUCCACAAGUGUUCGGUACUUUUCUUCACACCGGGCCGGUUUAAGGCGGACAUCCAGUGUCGAUCGCUGAGCUCCACUCAACAGCAGCAGCAGCACCAGCAGCGUGGAGAUGACGCUGCACCGACGGCGGUAGUCCCUCCCGGGUCCGACAGUGCUUCGCACGUUUGGCGGUUUAUUCCUCCGAUCGAAAUAACUGUCGCUGAUCAGCAGUAGGACGACGAGCCCCUCGAACGGGCGUGAUUCACUUCGAGAACAAUAAUGGAAAAAACACAGGACAUUGCUUAUGGUGCAAAUGGUGGAGGGAAGGGGGUGGGAUCCUAGCCCGCUAUUCAUGAACUUUGGCUUCAACACUACAAUCUGUACCUUCAAGAAAUAGAGUUUGCAAGAAUGGCGAUGCUGCAACUGAGAAAGGCAAAAAAGAGGCACGCAAAAAAACGCAUAUAUCGUUUAGUCUAUUCGUUUUGCGAUCAUGAUAAUUAUUACUGCUGCAAUACGCAAUUACAUGUUCGAAACGCAUCGACACCUACU